AUGCGGGGAGCAGCAUCUGCCUCAGCACAUACAACGUCUUCAGUCUGGCCACCCCCUCAGCAAUCGUCGAUACCGCAAACUAAGUGCGACAAUAACGCUGCCGUGGUGUCGCCGACGACGACGAUUAUCGAUUCCAGCAAUUCGACGACGGCGAUUCGGACGCCGGGUAUGCCGUCGCCGAAUCAGAAUCAACCGAUAACCCUACUCAAUGCAGAUAUGCUCGCCGAGGCCGGUACCUCGUGGGCGGCAUCUGCGCGAAUCACCGCUUCAGUCACUUCAACCUCAUCGACACCCGAUGAUCCGUUGAAGCGUUCAAUUGAAAAGAUUGAGCGGAUAGAAAUUGAAGAUUGCUCUGAAACCAAAAUAGAGAAUGACAAUAAUACGUGCUCCAGCUCCUCGCAGCUCUCACCCACUACUGAGGCAGUCAAGGAGGAAAUCAAAUCAUGUGACGAUGAUCCUGAGCCAACCAGCUCAAAGGAUAACAAUUCGAAUGGUACUGAUGAACCUCAUGAUGAUCCUCAGCCGAGUACAUCAAAUAUUGAAGAAGUUAUAACAAAAGCCACUCUAAAACGGAUACGUUGCUCGUUUCGGUUGCCUGUGAAAGUUGCAUUAAGGCUGAAAAGGAUAGCUACGUUUCAACCAAAUACGCUAAGGAGGAUAGGGCUCAACGCUGUUCAAAUAGGCAAUGGUGAAGCUAUUCGAAUGGCAGACGGUCCGCCGCCACCAAUAGUACCUAUUCCAUUGCCUUCGGCCGCGCCGUCGAUGGUAACACCAUCGGCGAUCACCAGCGCUCCAUCAACGUCGCAUGAAACGACGCCACAGCCGCAAGCAACGCCUAUUCCAGCGGCGCCGGCUCACGCGGAGCCACCUGCUCCAGAGCAGCAGUCAGCUGUCAACGGUCCACCGCAACCUAUCAUUAAGAGGGAACCACCUUCUACGGGAUACCCAGCGGCUCAUCCGCAAAUGGUCCCGAUGCCGCCGCAACAGCCCCCACCUCCACCACAACAACAACAGCAGCAGCAGCCGCCGCCGCCUCAGCAGAUGGGAAUUCCGCCGCAUUUGAUUGGAAGACUGCCGCCGAAUAUGACCGCUGAAGAGUUUGCACAAAUGCGAGCUCGGGGACAGAUUCCACCCGACAUGUUCCCACCACAGCAGCAACCGCCUCAGCAGCAAGUUCCGCCGCAGGGCGGAUUCGCCGCUCCGCCGGAAGCCAUGCAGGGUCAAAUCACGCCUGUUGGAAGUGCUCAGCACACGCCGGGACAUGCGGGACCAUCACCACUCCAUCAACACCCGGGAAUGAUGAACCAGGGACCGCCGCAGGCCGCUGGUCCGCAACAGCAGAGGCUGCAGCAGCAGCAAUCAACGAACGCCAACAACAGUCCGCUUCUCGUGAAUCUGCUCAGUCAGCAGCAUCCGCCCGGACAGGGACCACCACCGCAUCCGCAGUACGGCUAUGGACAGCAGAUGCCUGUAAGUAUGCAACAGCAGAUGGCCAUGCAGCAGCAGCAACAGGCGCAGUAUCAACAGCGAAUGAUGCAACAGCAACAGCAGCACCUGAUGCAUGUUCAAGGACCAUCGCAUGGACAAGCUCCUCCGACAACGCCAAACUCGGCGAUUCCGCAACAAGGUCCUCCGCUCUUUCCAGGACAGCAGCAAGCUCCUGGAACGCCUGGAAGGCCAAUGCAAUAUGGAAUGGUUCCACAGCCUGGACAAAUGUACCCAGGUGGUCCUGGCGUUGUUCAGCGGAUGCCUUCGUAUCCUGGCGGAAUGCCGCCACAACCGCAAUUCCGGCCGGCGCCUGUUCAGGAUGAGCCGGUUGCUCCGCCGCCGAAGAAGAAGAAGAGGCCGACGAAGAAGCAGAAGGAGGCGGCAGCGGCGGCGGCCGCCGCUGAAGCCGCCCAAAAGCAACAACAACAACAGCAGCAGCAACAGCAAAUGCACGCGCAUCAUCAAUUCUAUGGCGGUGAUCGAAUGAUGCACCCGAAUAUGCAGAUGAUGCAGCCGCAGCAGCCGCCGCCGCAACAAUAUCCGCCGCCUGGCUAUGCGCCGCAUCAAAUGCCGCCGGGUUAUCCGCAAGGGUUCCCUGGCGGUGGUCCGAGUCCACAACAACAACAGCAGCAACAACAACAACAACAACAACAGCAAAUGUGGCAGCAGCAGCAGAUCCAGCAGCAACAGCAACAACAACGAAUGGCAAUGUACCAACAGCAGCAGCAACAACAGCAACAGCAACAGAUGGGUGGAUGGCCUCAGCAGCGUGGGCCGCCAGUGCCAUAUCCGCAAGGGCAGAAUCAAAUGCCGAAUGAGCAACAAAUGACGCCGCAACAUCGGCUCUCGGGAGAUUUUUCGGCGCCGCCCAGCGUCAUUGGACAGGAAGGUGGUCCGCAGUUUUCGCAGAAUGUACAAAUGCAACAACCGGGAUUUAAUCGAAGCGAAUCGACUACUAGUGUUUAUUCUGGUGGUUAUUCGCAAAGUUCCGGACCAUCUCAUACCCCGCAGCAGCAGCAGCAACCACCUCCACAGCAACAGCAGCAGCAAAUACAGCAGGGGCAACCGAGUCAGCAGUCUACUCCACAACAGCAGCCGCCACCACCGAAUGAUGUUGAUAUGGUUGUUGAGCAGUUUCUGACGAGUUCUGGAACGGAUUGCUUAGCCGAUCUCGGUGAUCUUGGAGAUCUUGGAGACUUGGUCGAAUCGAAUGAUCCGCUUCUCAGCAAUUCAAUGAUGCCGGAUGCGCUCGAUCAAAAGCCGAGCACUAGUAAUGGCGAUCGUGCGGAUCGGAUAGGCGCGUCGAUAGAAUCGGUAGUUGAAAUGGUUGCCAGGACAGGCGGCAUGAAAAGCAGCGAGUAUGCGGCGUUUCAGCGUCGAAACAGCCAGCAGCUGAUUGCGGGAAGUCCUGCGGGCAACAUUUCACAUGAGCACAAUAUGCGAGCUCACGCGUUUCACGGUGCGAAUCGAAUGGAAAACGGGCGGCUAGUGAACGGCGGACAUGAGCAGCAGCCGAACGGCGCACGUCGCAACACGCAUGCCGAUGGCGAUGAUCAGGCCGAACAGCAAAUCGCCGAAUUCGCCAAGACGGUCUCCGAAAAGGACAAGAAGAUCAAAGCGGCGGCUGCCGAGCACAAGGCGAAACAGACGAGGAAACCUCGACAGAAGAAGCCGCCGAAUGCGACGGUUACGGUAACAACGAUACCAAAUCAGAAUCCGAUGCCUGAUGAGAUGGCGGCUAUGCAGCAGCAGCAGCAGCAAAUGGCUCAAAUGCAACAAUUGCACCAUAUGCAGGCGCCGCCGCCACCACCACCUCCACCAUCUGUUGUACAACAACAACAACCGCAACAACAACAACCUCAACCUCAGCCAUGA